AUGCGGCGGGGACCAGCAGCUGUCACUCUGGAGCGGAUGGCCGUGGAGUUCAGCAGACUGUCAAUGGCAGGAUACCAGCUCUGGUCACCAUGGACCCCACUGGAUGAGAGCUUCCAAUGGCUGCGGCACACAACACCUACACCUUCUUCCAAGCACCCCUUUAGAGCUUCCCCCUGCUUCCCACACACCCCUUCUGACCUGGAAGUGCAGCUCUGCUUUCAAGAGGUCACUCUAGUCCUAGACAGCCCAUUCCUGGAAUCCGGGGUGAGUCCCAAGUUACCCUGCCACACAUCAGAGCUCCGAACCAUUAACAACAAGAAAGGGCUGGUCAGGAAGCCCCAGCCUGUCCGCCUCAGUGGAGUGGAUUCGGUCUUUGGCAGGGUCAUCACGGCUCAGCCUCCAAAGUGGACUGGGACCUUCAGAGUUUCAGACAAGUCAGCCUUUUGCAAAAUCAUCAGCCGGGAGCACCAGUGGCCCACUGGACUUAAGGAGCCUCAGAUUCAGAUGACAGUGACCAUGUGCAAACAGAUGCUGCGCUCCAUCCUCUUGCUGUAUGCAACGUACAAGAAGUGUACCUUUGCCUUGCAACACUCCAAGUGA